AUGGAUCUGGCACCAUUGACUGAUGCAAUUCGUAGUAACAACGUUAACCUUGGCAGCAGUAGACCGGAUCGACGCGGAGAGAGAGAGAGAGCUGGCGAAUACACGUCUAAAAAGGGAGAUUGUUGGGCUCCGCCAGUAAGUGAGAUGAGGUGA